UCAGACGGAUAUAUCGGCGGGACGAGGCUAUAUAAGCAGGGGAUGCGCACCAAAAGCCAACAGAUGGUCGCUGACUGUGCACGCGUGUGGUUAUCGGAGAUCAGUAAACAGCCCAACUAAACACCGAAACUUACUGUAAUAAAAAAACGGGGAAUAAGCGAAAUAUCAAAAUGCGGCCGCAUAUUUAUUUUGAAUUUUGAGGCGGCCGAGCGAGCACAAGGGCCCCCAAACUCUUUGGAUUUGCACGGAAUCCAGAAUUCCGAGAGAGCAAAGACACAACGCGAAGUCCCAUGAGUGCAUUCCAAGUUGAAAACUAAGUGAGCAACUGCUGCUUUGGCAGCCGGAAAAACAGAGAUUCACUCGUGUCACUCGCAGAAGGAAAAACAACAACCGACGGCCAGGAAAACAAUACGGUACCACGCACUAUAGCAAAUAUAUAGCAUACAUAUCCCCAGGGCGAAGGAGAUUGCCAGGACGAUGAUAAUCAGCAUGAACCAGACGGAAACCACCCAGCUGGCGGCUGGGGAGCAUCUUAGUGGAUACGCCAGCAGCAGCAACAGCGUGCGCUAUCUGGACGACCGGCAUCCGCUGGACUACCUUGACCUGGGCACGGUGCACGCCCUCAACACCACUGCCAUCAACACCUCGGAUCUGAACGAGACUGGGAGCAGGCCGCUGGACCCGGUGCUCAUCGAUAGGUUCCUGAGCAACAGGGCGGUGGACAGCCCUUGGUACCACAUGCUCAUCAGCAUGUACGGCGUGCUAAUCGUCUUCGGCGCCCUAGGCAACACCCUGGUGGUUAUAGCCGUCAUCCGGAAGCCCAUCAUGCGCACUGCUCGCAAUCUGUUCAUCCUGAACCUGGCCAUAUCGGACCUACUUUUAUGCCUAGUCACCAUGCCGCUGACCUUGAUGGAGAUCCUGUCCAAGUACUGGCCCUACGGCUCCUGCUCCAUCCUGUGCAAAACGAUUGCCAUGCUGCAGGCACUUUGUAUUUUCGUGUCGACAAUAUCCAUAACGGCCAUUGCCUUCGACAGAUAUCAGGUGAUCGUGUACCCCACGCGGGACAGCCUGCAGUUCGUGGGCGCGGUGACGAUCCUGGCGGGGAUCUGGGCACUGGCACUGCUGCUGGCCUCGCCGUUGUUCGUCUACAAGGAGCUGAUCAACACAGACACGCCGGCGCUCCUGCAGCAGAUCGGGCUGCAGGACACGAUCCCGUACUGCAUCGAAGACUGGCCAAGUCGCAACGGGCGCUUCUACUACUCGAUCUUCUCGCUGUGCGUACAAUACCUGGUGCCCAUCCUGAUCGUCUCGGUGGCCUACUUCGGGAUCUACAACAAGCUGAAGAGCCGCAUCACUGUGGUGGCCGUACAGGCGUCCUCCGCCCAGCGGAAGGUGGAGCGGGGGCGGCGGAUGAAGCGCACCAACUGCCUGCUGAUCAGCAUCGCCAUCAUCUUCGGCGUUUCUUGGCUGCCGCUGAACUUUUUCAACCUGUACGCGGACAUGGAGCGCUCGCCGGUCACUCAGAGCAUGCUAGUACGCUACGCCAUCUGCCACAUGAUCGGCAUGAGCUCCGCCUGCUCCAAUCCGCUGCUCUACGGCUGGCUCAACGACAACUUCCGUAAAGAAUUUCAAGAACUGCUCUGCCGUUGCUCAGACACUAAUGUUGCUCUUAACGGUCACACGACAGGCUGCAACGUCCAGGCGGCGGCGCGCAGGCGUCGCAAGUUGGGCGCCGAACUCUCCAAGGGCGAGCUCAAGCUGUUGGGGCCGGGAGGCGCCCAGAGCGGUACCGCCGGCGGCGAGGGCGGUCUGGCGGCCACCGACUUCAUGACCGGCCACCACGAGGGCGGACUGCGCAGCGCCAUAACCGAGUCGGUGGCCCUCACGGACCACAACCCCGUGCCCUCGGAGGUCACCAAGCUGAUGCCGCGGUAAAGCACAGGGUAGUCCUAAGGUCCUUGAGGUCUGGUCUCGUGUCUAAGUCCUCAGGACACACGCGUGCAUGUCCUUUUGUGCGCCCUCGGGCUGAUUGGAUUUGCAUGCUCCAAACGUCGCUGCUGCUCGCUUUACGUUUCACUUGUUCCAACUGCAACUGCCACCUCUGCAGCACACUGAACGAAAAGCCGUGUCCUUUAAUCGGGAAACACUCUGGCUGUUAAUUCUAUAAGCAGACGAGUCAAACGUUUCUAGCGUUCUAAAAGUUCCUAGCUUAUGUUUAUUUUAUUUUCUAUAUCAAUAACGAUUGCUUCGUUCCCAAUUAUAUGCUUGUUUUCAUCUUUUUUAAUGUAACAAUUGAUCAAAAGCCAAAAGCAAGCUUUAAAAUAUUUGUGUAAAUAUCGUUUCCCAAUUUGUUCACCUUAACUUUAUCUUAAGAUACUCUUAAUCUUUAUUCCGAUAAUCAUUAACUUAACAUUAACUUAACAUUAACUUAACAUUACUAAUUGUACAAAUAUUUCUGAUCUAAGGGGCUUGCUCUUUCCGGCUCCAACAUGGAUUCCUUUUCAGUUGACUAACUAGGCAUAUAUUUUUGUCAGUGUAUGCAUGCGCUUCUCUUAUCGUUGCCUUGUCGAGCUGUAACUCUUGUCGUUGCCAUGUUGUGACAUUAUUUGCUUUUGAGCAGCAAUCGAUUAUGACCCGCCUUUUGUGACACAUUUUCAGUUUGGAACAGUACUAAAUUGGCAAUCAAUCCUGGAGCAGCGGGCGGCUGGAGCAGCGUUCUAGGGAGGCGACUAACUGUCGCCCUUAGAUUUAACACAUAUUGUCCAGUGAUCCAAAGCCAAGCUGAGUUAGCCCUAAGUUAAGACACACGCGAGUAAGAGCUCGAAGCCUGUAAUCUAUUCUUAAACGACCAUCUCAUGGCAUCCAUCAUCAACGUCGGACUAAGUCUAUGGUUAGAUCACUUUCGUAUCGAAUGCCGAAAAGUAAUUGAAUGAGCCCCCAAUUGGAUUUCGGGUAUUUGAUAAGUCGAAUAUGCCUAAGACUCGAAUAAGUUCUCUCAACAGUUCCUAGGAAAUAUUUUCGUUUUAUCUCAUAGCAUUUCUUGGUCAUCUAAGCUAAGGAUUAGCUAUAUUUGAUGUUCUGUUCGCUAUUCAAUAAUGAUAGGAUAAGUUGAAGUUCACUAAGCCAAAGUGAAUUUAAAGUAUAGUCCAUAAUUGUAAAAGAU